GAUGGCGGAGGGCUACAGGAGGGAUCAGUUACAAUGGGCAGUCAAUUCCCGACAAGUGGGCGUAAUUGGCGAAUUGCCUCAGAUACGCACUCUUUUCACAGAGAUAUGUAAAUUGAGAAGCAUACCAAAAUCAACUGCCUGGACAAUUGUCAGCAUAGACCAGAACUUGGAGGAGUGUUUUGGAUGCGAGAUUAAAAAUGCCCUUUAUCUCAGGCCAUCAAUAAGAGAUAAAAUCUUGACUCAAAAGAUAAAAAUGGUCAUGGGCACUGAUAAUAUGACGAUGGCUUACACUGUGUACGAGUCAGCCCAUAUUCUGUACCAGCAUUGGCAGGAAUUAAUGGACAUAAAUUCUACUAUGGCCAAAACGGAACACGACAUUUGCAUGGAGCCACCUGUGUACUGGAGAAACCAAAGCAAUACCUCCCAGGGAGAGGAAUCCGCCGACAUGGAGUAUUCUCACAGUUUUGGACGCACAAAUUGGACAGGGACGGAAUUCAUACAGGAACCCCGCAUCAACGUUGGUCGAUACAGUUGUGAUAAAAAUGGCAGUACCAUUGAAAUGAUUGGCCAGUGGACAUUAGAAAGGAUGAAAUGGACUAGUGAUAGCAGAAUAUGGCAACCUGAACAGACCAUACUGCGUAUUACUACAGUACCCGAAUCCCCAUUUGUAAACAAGGAGGUUCACGAGAACGGCACGGUGAGGUAUACCGGGUACUCUGUGGAUGUGCUUAUUGAGAUCACCACUCGCCUCGGUCUGAAUUACACCAUCUCUGAACCGGAAGACGGCGAGUUUGGGGCCGUCGACGCAGACGGAACUUGGUCGGGAAUGAUAGGCGAGGUGGACAGAAAGAGUGCCGAUAUGGCCAUUGGACCGAUCUCGGUGACUGCCGAACGUGAGAACGUGGUGGACUUCGCCACACCUUACUACGACUUCGCUGGCAUACAGAUCAUGAUAAAGAAGACAGAAGUAGAGAACAGCAUGUUCACCUUCACCACAGUGUUUUCUAUCGAGGUUUGGUUGUGUUGGUUCAGCGUUCUGGGCGCCACAGCUGUGCUGCUACACGCCUUUGACAGACUCAGUCAUUGUAAAUGUGGACAAAACUCAGGCAUCCCAACCCCGCCACACGACGGAUUCGAUCUCAAGGACAGCUUCUGGUUUGUCAUCGCCUCACUCACGUUGUCAGGUCCAGAGAAAAGACCACGGUCAUUCUCCAGUCGAAUCCUGGUCACGGGUUUCUGGUUUUUCUGCAGCAUAAUGAUGGCGACCUACACAGCUAACCUGGCCGCCCUAUUGACUCUGUCCCGUCUGAGCGCCCCUGUGGCGAAUCUAGAGGACCUGCUAGCGCAGUCACAGAUCCGCUACAGCACCAUGAAGGGUACCUCCAUGCAAACCUACUUUUUGAGGAUGUCAGAGAUUGAGACCAAUUUUUAUGAGAUCUGGAAAGAGAUGAGUUAUGGCAAUGACAGCGAAUCUGCCAAGAGGAGCCGAUAUGCCGUCUGGGAUUACCCGCUUCCUGACCGCUACAAGGUCAUCUGGCAAAACAUGGAGGAGACCGGCUUUGUGAACUCAUCUGAGGACGGCAUAGAACGUGUGCUGAAGGGAAAUUACGCUUACUUCACAGAGGCUCCCAUUAUUAAGUACAAAAUGAGCAAGCAUUGUGACAUUACAGCUGUGGGUAACCAGUUUAGCGCCAAGCCGUAUGCCUUUGCUCUCCAGGAAAAGUCUCAGCUAACAUCGGUUGUGUCUGGCAUAAUCCUUGAACUACAACAGGAACGGAUUUUAGAGACUCUGAAACAAAAAUGGUGGCCUGAAGUGACGACUGCUUGUGGGAAUGUGGAGACAUCAGAAGGUGUGGGAAUCGUGGAAAUGGCAGGAAUCUUCAUGCUUGUGGCAGCUGGAGUCGUCUGUGGGAUACUAACUCUGCUUAUUGAACUCAUCUGUUACAAAAUUCUUGGAUCCGCUAAGAAAAGGAACAAUAACGCCAAUUCAACAGAGGGGAAAGAGGUAUUCAGAGUUUCUCUUGAUCUACCGGAUGUGGAGACCAAGAGACAAGACACGUAAUUGGUCCCCCACCAAAGAUGUCGCACGCAGGGAAUUGAUUCAUUUGCGCCUAAGAUGAAACAUGCAGCUAAAAAAUCUGGACGUCGUCAUACAUAUUACACCGUGAUCAACUUGGCUGGAAAAGCCGUCUAUGCAUUUGUCCACGAACACAUAGACACGUGGUGAUGUUUCAAACAAAUCUAGGAUCGUAUACACGAUUUGUGGAAUGUUGUUGUUCUUCUGUGAUUAACUGAAAGUGCGUAUUGACGAACACAUUGACACUAUGAACAAGAUUUAUGGCGAGUCCUGAAUUUAUUUCAGGGAAAACAUUGAUGUUGAUACGACCUUCAAAUCCUCGAAGGUCGAUCCCCUCUCACUCCUAAGGGUUUUGUCUCCCUAAGAGUUCACCAUCACGUCACCGCUAGCAAGUGUUGUUCUGUUCGUUGUAAUCAUCCGUCGGUCUAAACAUGAUGAGUCUCGCGCUUUUUUGUAGACGGUUUGUCUGGAACGCUUAUCAUGGUCUGGUCGUUUCAACUCCAACCAUGCCUCAUCUUGCCUUUUGCUCACAGUAUAAUUAUGUAUCUUUCAGGCACCAGCUUACGAAUUUGACACUUUCACACAUAUUAGCAAUGAAUGUGUUGAAAUGUAAGGCUAAAAUACAAUAUUAUUGGAUAUAGCGUUUGUUAUCACUGUGUUCCGUUAUAUGGAAUGAACACAGAACAUGUCAAGACAGGUUCACAUAAAUUUUCAUAUUUUUAUUGACUUGUUGUUUUGAAUAACACUUUGUUUUUUGUGGAUGUGUGGAUGGUGCUAGUGUCUCUCCAAAACUAUAACUAUAUCAUGUUUUAUUUGUGUCACAUCUGGAGAUAUCUGUCAUAAAACCUUAAUUGUACUUCACGUUUCUUAUCGUUUAUCGUUUUAGAUUUAACCAUGUCAAAAAUAUUUUGUAGGAUUAUUUGUAUUAAAUAAAAAUAGGAAACAAUGAGCAUUUGUUUAAAAAUUAAAACGAAGAAAGGUUGGGAAAGUUUCUAAAGAAGUAUUUCUUCUUAUUUCAAGCAAGUUUUGUAGCGCUGUAAAAUGUUAAUUACCCGUAGAUACACUAAUUGAUUAGAAGAUAUGGGGAACCCUGUACAUGUUUGAAAGCACAGUACUGAGGACAGAGGAACAUUUUGUUUCAUUAAGUACUGUGUAUUUUAUUAUUGUGUCUCAGGUAACUCUUUCACCCAAGUGACAGUGCCUCUCUGAAUUUACAUGAGUUGUAAAGUACAGCAUUCAGAUAUGCGUAAAUCAUGUGGAAAUCAAGAUGUUCUGCUUGGAAUAUUGUUUCUUUUGACUACACUUUGCGACAUUUGCGGUAAUGGUCUUCGUUUAAAAUGGCACCCGAUUCUGUAAUCGACACGACGCAAGUUUACAUCACUGGGUUUGUAUGCAAAUGAUGUUAACUUAAACACGAAGUUAAUUUGCUACUUUGUAUUAAAAUAACCAUAAAUCGUUAUGACACUUUAGCUACAGAAUAAAUUAAAAGCCCAAUAUUCUUUUGAAAUAUUAUAUAAUACCUAAUAUAAAGCGCUGUGUUAACUGUCAUAUAUUUUUCUCUUUGCACAGUGCUGGUAUAAGUAAGAAAGAAAACCAUAAAUGGCAAACAUAUCUAUUAAUGAUAUCAUAUCUAUUAAUUGGCUUCUUUCUGGGAGGAAAGCAAAAUGCCAAGAUGAAAAUCCAUUGCGCUGUGAUUAGAUGAAUUUCAUAAAACUCACCGUAUGUCGUUUUGCCAGUGGAAUGAAUUAGCACUUGCAAUAGGGGAAUAGAUAUUGGGCAAGAAAUAUUUUAGACUGUUGAUGUUUGGGGUUAAAUAUUUACAUAUAGAGUAUGUAAGUGUACCAAUAUUGUUUUUGAUCGUACCUUGACGCAUGUGCCCUUCAUUGUAUACUAUGUAUCGAUGUUGUUUCACUACCAUUAACGUUACACAUAUAUGUAUGUAUCGAGUGCAGGCACUUGAGUCUUCUACAGUAUUCCACGAGUUAUAAGAAUAUAUACG